CACCCAGUCUCUCUCGCUCUCUCUCUCUCUGGAUAUACAACACUUUCUGACGCCAUGAUGACUUAAAUCUGCCUUUUUUUCCCCCCACUUUUUUUUUCAAACAUUCGGCCAUGAAAGUCACCGUCUGCUUCGGACGCACGAAGGUGGUGGUGCCGUGCGGGGAUGGAGACAUGACCGUGAGCAGCCUGGUGGCCCAAGCCGCCAUGAGGUACAAAAGAGCCAUCGCCAAGGACCCCAGCUACUGGGUUCAGGUCCACCGGUUGGAACACCACGACGGAGGAAUCCUGGACCUGGGUGACGUGCUGUGCGACGUGGCGGAUGACAAAGACCGGUUGGUGGCCGUCUUUGAAGAGCAGGACCCUCACAAUGGAGGUGACGGUACCAGCGCCAGCUCCACGGGAACGCAGAGUCCAGAACCGUACGUCGUCGGCCAGCUGAGCUCCGCCUCGGCCUUCCAGCCCUACCAGACCGACGGCGAGAUCGAGGUCACGCCGUCGGCGCUGAGAUCGAACAUGCCUCUCCGCGUCCGUCGCAGCAGCGAUCCCUCGCUGGUUGGCCUUCCCGCCGCUGAAAUUCCACUUGGCGAGGAAGAACCGUCGAGAAAGAACCCGAGUCGCUGGUCCACCACUGCCGGCUUCCAGAAGCACAACCACAGAGCACAUCCGGACCCUGGCACCAACAGCCUUGAACGGAAGGGCAGAGGAGGCCACGCCUACCGGAGUCUUCCUCGCGACGCAAGUGGCAGGACCACUCAGUUCCAGCGAGAGAUGACCAGGUCCUCCCUAAGCGCCAAUCAUCCCAUGGUGGACCGCUGGCUGGAUCGACAAGAACAGGAAGAGGAAGAAGCCAGACGGAAACACCGAGUUGAGCGAAUAGAACCAGUGGGAAGAGCCGACUCCGCCUUGGACCAUUGGCCGCUGCCAAGUUUGGAAGCCAUGCUCAAGCCCGUGGAGGUGUCCAACACAGGAGGGCCCCUGGGGAUCCACCUGGUGCCCUUCAGUGCACAAGAUUUCAGGACCCAGGGCUUGCUCGUCAAUCGUCUGGAGCGCGGGGGCAAGGCGGAGCAGGAGCGUCUCUUCCAGAAGAAUGAUUGCAUUGUCAGGAUCAAUCAGAGAGAUAUACGCAACCUUCACUUUGAACAAGCCCAGAACAUUUUCCGGCAGGCCAUGGCUUCCACCCUCAUCCUCUUCCACGUGGUCCCCGCCGCCAUGAAGAAGCAGCACGAGCUGCUGGCGGGCAGAAGCAACCUCAGCUCGCCUCAGUCCGGCAGAGUCCGUGUGAGCCAAGGCUCUCUGCAUUCUGGUGACAGGACCAGCUUGAGAACCUCCAGGUUUGUACGGAAACGACACGCGUCACGGCCGAAGAACCGCUUCUCAAGGAAGUUCACCCCUUUGUCCGCCUCUUGUAGUCUACGGGACUCCCUAACGGGGAGCAGCCCUGAGCCGAGGUACAGAUACGCCACGCUACCCCAGUCCCUGGUGUCCAGCGCCUCGUCGACCUCAUCGCCUUCCCUGCAGCGCAGGAUAAGCUCCACCUUGUCCAACAGCUCCUACGCCACGGGCAGAGGACGCAGUUUCAACAUCCAGUUGAAGAAAGGUCCGGAGGGUCUUGGGUUCAGCAUCACUUCCCGAGAUGUUCCAGUUGGUGGCAGCGCUCCUAUUUAUGUCAAAAACAUACUUGCUCGGGGGGCCGCCAUCCAAGAUGGCAGACUCAAAGCUGGAGACCGUCUUCUGAAGGUCAGUGGUGUGGACCUGAGUGGUAAAACCCAAGAAGAGGUGGUAGCUGUGCUGCGUGCUGCACCCAUGGGUGGGGUAGUCAACCUGUCGGUGACUCGUCCAGAGGAACCCCUGCUGCCUCGAGAAGUGCAAGCGGGUGACGAUGACCUGGUCUUGACCCCGGACGGUACGCGAGAGUUCAUGACCUUCGAGAUCCCCCUCAACGACUCGGGUUCCGCAGGCCUGGGGGUCAGCGUCAAAGGCAACCGGUCCAAGGAGAGCCACGCCGACUUGGGCAUUUUUGUCAAAUCCAUCAUCAACGGUGGCGCGGCCAGCAAGGAUGGGCGACUACGCAUAAACGACCAACUCAUCGCCGUCAACGGGGAGUCACUGCUGGGGAAUACCAAUCAGGAAGCCAUGGAAAUGCUACGUAAAUCCAUGUCGGUUGAAGGCAACAUUCGAGGGAUGAUCCAACUCAUCGUCGCCCGGCGGUUGGGCCAAAACCAAGAGGAGCUCCCUGGCAGCCCUGCUAUGUCGGACCACCUUGGCAGCCUUCCGGAUAACCAUGAGCGCCGCAUCUCUCACUCCACGUAUGAAACCAUCGAGGUCUUCAACAAUAUCUCCACACCGUUACCAAAGUCAGUUGGCCGCAUUGGUACAUACCAGCUCUCCCCCACUGUGAACAUGCCCCAGGAUGACAUCGUGCUGAUAGAAGACGACAGACCGCCUGUGCUCCCUCCGCACUUCUCGGACCAAUCGUCUUCGAGCUCCCAUGAAGACCUGGGCUUCGUCGGAGGGAACCCGGGACCGUGGAUCCAGGUGCCGGCCGGCCACAACGAAUGGUCACUCAGUCCUGAUGCAGAUCCGGAUGGUUCUUUCCAAAGGGAGGGCUUCGGUCGCCAGAGUAUGUCGGAAAAACGCACCAAGCAGUACGACAGCGCUUCUCACCUGGACAUCGUCAAGUCACGCAAAUCUAAGAGCAUGGAUCUAGGACAUUCCGUGGGACCGACGCUGGGCCUCAAAAAGUCCAGUUCCCUGGAAAGCCUCCACACCGCCGUCGCGGCGGCGACGCGGAGCGCCGAGAUCAACGUCAACCGGCCGCGCUCGCGGAUCGUCCGAGGCCGGGGCUGCAACGAAAGCUUCAGGGCGGCCAUCGACAAGUCGUACGACAAACCUCACGUCCAAGCGGAGGAAGGCGCCAGCAUGGAGACAUUGGACGAGGACACGGACGGGAGCUCGCGAUCCGGCCACGAUUCGGCGUCCGCCAGCGGGGACCCGGCCCCGGGCCCCGGGCUCAACGGCAAAGAAGAGCGGCUGAAAGACGGCGACAAGACGGAGAAGAAGAAGAAGCCUGAGCGGGACAAAGAAAAGGAGAAGAACAGAGCAAAGAAAGGCAUGCUGAAGGGCCUGGGCGAGAUGUUCAGGUUGGGGAAGAGCCGCGCUAACGAGCAGGCGGGAGACGGCAGAGUGGAGAGGAAAAGCUCCGGGCGGGCGAGAGCUGAAGACGUGCAGCCGUCUGAGGAGGACACCCAGAGGAUGAGGCUGGAACAGGAGAGAAUCCAGGCCAAGAUGCGUGAGCUGCGGGAGAAGCAGGCCAAGGAGCGAGAAUAUGCAGAGAUCCAGGACAUCAUCAGCCACACCACCUUGAGCUCGGAGGAAGAGCACACCUACGCCGGCAUCGGCUCGCUGGACUCGUCGGUGGACGGCAGCAGCCUGGAGCCUUACGGCGGUCACCAUCACUACCAUCUGCCUCAGAGUCCUGAGGGCCCGCUCCAUUCCUCCAGUCCUCACAUCAACAAGCCACCUCCAGAGGCCAUCUACGCUCAGGUCAACAAGCCUCGCAAUGGACGCCCCGUGUCUACUGAAAGCAAUCAGACGGCUCCCAGUAACCAUGACCGGAUACAAAGGCUCAGAAACGAGUUCCAGCAGGCCAAGCAGGACGACGACCUGGAGGUCCACCGGCACUCGUACAGCUCGGAUCAGACUUGGGGUACCAACGGGACGGAGGGACCGAGCGGGCGCCAUUCGGUGACUGUGGAGAGGCAGCGCCAGGAAGACCCGGGCACUUUCCAACAAGCACAAAGGCAAUACAGCUCUCUGCCACGGCCGCCACGUAAGACCCCGAGCAUCGCGUCCCAGGACGCACGGGACAAGGCUUACCCACCAGCAGGCGCCAAGGAUGACCCCCGCUACUCCGGCGCCCAUAACGGCUACCUGGGAACGUCCAACUACAACGUCCGAGUCGUCCUGGAGACGCAGGAGCUGCUGAGACAGGAGCAGAGGCGCAGAGAUCAGGAGGUCCCCAAGGGACAGGAACCGUCUAACAGAAACCACAAUCAGGAGCCUCCGAAAUCCAAGGGUCCCUACAGACAGGAUGUGCCCCCGUCCCCGGGUCAGCUGGCCAAGCUCGGCCGGCUUCACCAGGGCUCUGAGAAAGGCAGGCCGUUUUAUCCCUAACAGGUACAAAAAGAGACUUCCUUCAAAAAGUGAGCAGAGAGUCCAAAUGCUGUCGUACUUUCAAGUAUUUAAUUCCCUUCAUGACAUGAACAUUAAUCUUUGUUAUGGUGUAUGUAAAAUAAUGUUUUUAUUUCUCAUAUGUAUAUAAGUGCCUUACCAGUUUCUACCUUUGGACUUUGUCUCGAUCAAUCGGGGGCUUGUCCGGGGGUCUCCCAACAGCCCUCGCAGAGAAGUCACGGAAAAUUCCAAUAUCCGUUCAUCGGCUUUUAGGUUCCUCUUCUCUCCUUCAUCCGACCGGCUCAGGUGGGAGUUUUUAAUUGAUGGACCUCGUUAGAAAUAAACGCCGCAUUUGUUUUGUUGUGGUGUGCGGCACAAAGCCAGAAACGGCAGCCUCGUCGGCAAGGGUCCGGGCUUUGUUCGGAAUGACCGGGACGUAAGUGAAGCCUGCCGGUGGUGUCGGUGCGGUUCCUUGCGGAAUCUUUUAUUAAAGUUGGGCGGGCAAGGGGGGGGGGUCAGUCUCUUUUAUCAGCUGGAUACAAUUUGACUGAUUGGUUCUUUUAUUCCGUGAUUGCGUCCUUUGACGGAGAACGGUUCGGUUGUAUUCCUAAUCAAUGUUUGGUGGGGGUGUGUGUGUGUGAGAGUGUGUGUUCUUGCACUUUUUGUAAAUCAAGGCCUAUUUUAAAACCAAUGAUUAAUCAUUUUGGGGGCAUGUGUGAAAAUGUCUUGCUUUUUAUGUUGUUCGGUGUGUAAAAAUUAAGCCUUUAACUUUGACAUCACUUCAAAAAUGGACCGUAUUUUCCGCACCAUAAGCCGCCCUGGGUUAUAAGCCGCGCCUUCAAUGAACGGCAUAUUUCAAAACUUUGUCCACCUAUAAGCCGGGGCGUGUUAUAAGCCGCAUCUAACUGCGCUAAAGGAAUAUCAAAAAAACAGUCAGAUAGGUCAGUCAAACUUUAAUAAUAUAUUAAAAACCAGCGUGAUGUGGGCGCGCAUGGAGUCGUAUAUCAACAUGGACGGAGCUGCGUGAAAAAAGCCACCCGGCCUCUUCGCGUAAACUUCCCUUAACCACUCGCUCAUCUUUUCUUCAUCCAUCCAUCCCUUCGAGUUAGCUUUUAUGAUGACGCCGGCUGGAAAGGUCUCUUUU